AUGCCUCUGGCGAAGCCAGAGCCCCUUCCCCAUCAACCAUCAACCAUCAACCACCAACCACCAACCACCAUCAACCAUCAACCACCAACCAUCAACCACCAACCAUCAACCAUCAACCACCAACCAUCAACCAUCAACCAUCAACCACCAUCAACCACCAACCAUCAACCACCAACCACCAACCACCAACUGUCAACCAUCAACCACCAACCACCAUCAACCAUCAACCAUCAACCACCAACCAUCAACCACCAACCACCAUCAACCAUCAACCAUCAACCACCAACCACCAACCAUCAACCACCAUCAACCACCAACCACCAACCACCAACCAUCAACCAUCAACCAUCAACCAACAACCAUCAACCACCAACCAUCAACCACCAACCACCAUCAACCAUCAACCAUCAACCACCAACCAUCAACCACCAUCCAUCAACCAUCAACCACCAACCACCAACCAUCAACCACCAACCAUCAACCAUCAACCAACAACCAUCAACCACCAACCACCAUCAACCAUCAACCAUCAACCACCAACCGUUAACCACCAACCAUCAACCAUCAACCACCAACCACCAUCAACCAUCAACCAUCAACCACCAUCCACCAUCCACCAUCAACCAUCAACCAUCAUCAACCAUCAACCAUCAACCACCAAUCACCAUCAACCAUCAACCACCAACCAUCAACCACCAACCACCAACCAUCAACCACCAACCAUCAACCAUCAACCACCAACCACCAACCAUCAACCAUCAACCACCAACCACCAACCAUCAACCAUCAACCACCAACCACCAUCAACCAUCAACCACCAACCAUCAACCAUCAACCAUCAACCACCAACCAUCAACCAUCAACCACCAUCAACCACCAACCACCAACCAUCAACCACCAACCACCAACCACCAACCAUCAACCAUCAACCACCAACCACCAUCAACCAUCAACCACCAUCAACCAUCAACCACCAACCAACAACCAUCAACCACCAACCACCAUCAACCAUCAACCAUCAACCACCAACCACCAACCACCAACCACCAUCAACCACCAACCACCAACCACCAACCAUCAACCACCAACCACCAUCAACCACCAACCACCACCAACCACCAACCAUCAACCACCAACCACCAACCAUCAACCACCAUCCACCAUCAACCACCAACCAUCAACCACCAACCAUCAACCACCAACCACCAUCAACCACGAACCAUCAACCACCAACCAUUAACCACCAACCACCAACCAUCAACCACCAACCACCAUCAACCAUCAACAAUCAACCACCAACCACCAACGAUCAACCACCAACCACCAACCAUCAACCACCAACCAUCAACCAUCAACCACCAACCACCAACCAUCAACCACCAACCACCAACCAUCAUCCAUCAACCACCAACCAUCAACCACCAACCAUCAACCACCAACCAUCAACCACCAACCAUCAACCAUCAACCACCAACCAUCAACCAUAAACCAUCAACCAUCAACCAUCAACCAUCAACCACCAACCACCAUCAACCAUCAACCAUCAACCACCAACCAUCAACCACCAACCACCAACCAUCAACCAUCAACCACCAACCACCAACCAUCAACCACCAACCAUCAACCACCACCAAUCAUCAACCACCAACCACCAUCAAUCAUCAACCAUCAACCACCAACCACCAACCACCAACCAUCAACCACCAUCAACCACCAACCAUCAACCACUAA